AAUCCUCAACCACAAAAAACACCUAACCCCCGUGUUCUAUAAAAUUUCCCCCCCCCCCCCCCCCCCACUUUUUUUCUUUCGCCACAUCCCUGCCCUAAGGCUCUAUUAGAGUCGUAUCAAAUAAGGGACAUAGCUAUAACUUCACUUCUUGGCAAGUGCGAGCAAAUGUCUAUAUAGACAUUUGCUCACACUUGCCAAGAAGUGAAGUUAUAGCUAUAUCCCUUAUUUGAUACGGCUCUAUUAUAACAUGUUUUCACAUUUUUCAACACCUAUUUUUUCUUUUCCUUUCAAAGAAUUCGACAGAAAAGAAAAAAAGAAGCACACAGUAUCUUUCAGGCAAAAAAAUACGUGGAGAAUUAAACAUUAACUCAACAACGCCUUAUGACCAACUGAUUGAAAAGUAGAUGAAGUCAAGGCUUCAAAUAUCUUUUUCUGUUCAUAAAAUUAAAUCCUAUAAAAGCAUCGAAACUUCUCUAUAAAUAACUCAUUCGUUAACAGUCAGUUCACUAGCAAACGAAAUCAUGAAUGAUCGUAUUUGUUUAAUCGCACUAGCGUUGACUCUAUUUAUCACUGCAUCAAAUGGAUCUCCUACCGUUCGAGUGAGUGUGAAAAGUGAGUAUGAAAACUAUUGUUAGACAUACAUGCAGACUUCAUCAUUCGGAUUAUGCCUGGAUAUUUGAAAUCUCUUAAUUUUAAUUCAGUUGUUUCCACUUUCCAGCAAUUAACAAACUUUGUGGAACAACAAUCACAUUAGGUUAGUAGACGUUAGAAACUGCCAUGGUAUGUAUUCAACAUUUUUCAUUGUGUUUCGCAUCUGUUUAGAUGGAGAUAAAAUGCCGGGUGAAUCAUAUGCAUUUACAUCAAAGAAAUAUAAAGACAAUGAAGCUUGUACUUUAACAAUAAAAGGACCAACAAUUAGUCAAAGAAUAAUUGUUUCAAUAGGAAAGAUGGAUAUUGCUCCAGAUGGGAACUGCGGUGAUUCCCUCAAAAUUUAUGAUGGAAAAGUUGGUGGUACUUUGUUGAAUAGUGUUGCAACGGAACAGUGUGGUAAAAAAGACUUUUAUGUUAGAUCGAACUCGAAUACUGCUGUCAUUGUAUUCUCAAGUAAUAAUGAUGGAAAACAGGGUACUGGAUUCACGGCAACAGUUGCAAUUGACUUUCCUGUAGCAAGCUGUGCUAGAGAAGUUGGAUUUUAUAGAUGUAAAAAUAAUUAUUGUAUAUCAAGCAAAUUUGAGUGUUCAUCAAAAAAUUAUUGUGGUGAUAAUAGUCAAAAACUGACAUGCAGCAGAAAAUAA